CUCUCUCUCUCUGGAACUGAGCAGAAGGGGGGGGGGCACAUUAGAUCACUUCGGCAGUAUCCGCGAGGAGGAGGAGGAGGGGAGUCCUGCCUCUGUGCGUGUGUUCGUGGCAAAGCGCUGAGAAGCAUCGGGCGCGCACACCACACUCGGUGCCAAAGUGGAGCAGCCAGACUUUUCUCUCUCUCUCUUUCUCUCUCUCUCUCUUCCUCCCCCUCCUCCUCCUCUCUCUCUCUUUCCUCCCCCUUUCCUCUCCCACCCCCUCCACCCCCUCCGCUUUGGCUUUCCUUCUUCUCCAGCUCUCUCCGGCUUGCACCUGUUUGAGUCGCUUUUGAAUCCGGCUCACCUCCAGCCCCAGCGUUGCCAUUGAAGGAGAGAAACUUUUCCAUUCUUUUUUUUUCUUUUGGAGCGCGGGCUUUGGAGGAAGGGGACUCUUUCCACCUUUGAACCCCAUCACGAGCUCCUCCUCGUCGUCGUCGUCGCUCGAGCCUCGCUCUCCCAGACCGGGUCCUGCUUGCUCCUCCUCCCGGUCCGUCGCGGGCUCUUUCUCCCUUUCGCCUUCGCUCUAUGUUUUGACACCCAGCAGCCAUGUAUAGCAUGAUGAUGGAGACGGACUUGCACUCGCCCGGCGGAGCCCAAGUGGCGACCAGUUUGUCGGGCCAAACGGGAGCCGGAGGAGGCGGCGGAGGAGGAGGCGGAGGAGGAGGAGGCGGCGGCGGCCCCAAAGCCAACCAAGACCGGGUCAAGCGCCCCAUGAACGCCUUCAUGGUGUGGUCGCGGGGCCAGCGUCGGAAGAUGGCGCAGGAGAACCCCAAGAUGCACAACUCGGAGAUCUCCAAGCGCCUGGGCGCGGAGUGGAAGGUCAUGUCCGAGGCGGAGAAGCGGCCCUUCAUCGACGAGGCCAAGCGCCUCCGGGCGCUGCACAUGAAGGAGCACCCGGAUUAUAAAUACCGCCCGCGGAGGAAGACCAAGACCUUGCUCAAGAAGGACAAGUACUCGCUGGCCGGGGGGCUGCUGGGCGCGGGCGGGCCCGGAGGCGGCGGAGGAGGCGUCGGAGGGGGCCCGCCCGUGGGCCUGGGCGUGGGCCUCAGCCCCGGAGGAGUGGGACAGCGCCUGGAGAGCCCCGGCGGGGGCGGAGGAGGAGGCGGCGGAGGAUACCCGCACAUGAACGGCUGGGCCAACGGCGCCUACCCGGGCUCGGUAGCCGUGGCGGCGAUGAUGCAGGAGGCGCAGCUCGCCUACAGCCAGCACCCGGGCGGCGGAGGAGGAGGAGGCGGCGGCGGAGGAGGAGGGCACCCGCACUCGCACCACCCGCACCACCCGCACAACCCGCAGCCCAUGCACCGCUAUGACAUGGGCGCUCUCCAGUACAGCCCGCUGCCCAGCUCGCAGGGCUACAUGAGCGCUUCGCCCGCCGCCUACGGGGGCCUCUCCUACGGGUCGCAGGGACACCAGAACUCGGCCGUGGCGGCGGCGGCAGCAGCGGCGGCGGCGGCGGCCUCUUCGGGGGCCCUGGGCGCCUUGGGCUCUCUGGUCAAGGCCGAGCCUAGCGUCAGCCCGCCCGCCGGAGCCGCCCACGCGCGGGCCCCCUGCCCCGGGGACCUGCGGGAGAUGAUCAGUAUGUACUUGCCCGGUGGAGGAGGAGGAGGGGAAGGCGGGGACCCGGCGGUGGCUGCCGCGGCAGCGGCGGCGGCGGCAGCGGCGGCUCAGAGCCGCCUCCACUCCUUGCCCCAGCACUACCAGAGCGCCAGCACGGGGGUGAACGGCACCGUGCCCUUGACGCACAUCUGAGGGCAGCGGACCUGCGGACGGGCUGACGGGACCCUCCCACGCGCGUCCCCCACACCCACGCGGAAUCUCCAAAACCCACGCGUGUCGCCGUCCCCAGCCUUCGCCGUGCUCUUGGCGCGCCUCUGAGGCCGGCCGACCUAGAGAUGGACCGAGGGGACCCUCCCACGCGUGUCCGCAUCCUCCACGCGUGUCCGCAGCCCCCAGUCUCACGCGCCUCUGGGGCCCAUCGACCCACGGACCAGACGCUAUGGGGACGGGACAGACGGACGGACGCUUUCUCUCUCCGUGGGCCCCUCCACCCACCCACUCCCACUCGUGUCCCUCCACCAACCCUUUCCCCUGCUUCCCCUUCCUUUUGUACAGAAUCCCGGAGCACCACAAAGAGAGAAAUGUUUUGAUGGCGUUGUAUUAAUAAUAAUAUUAAUAAUAAUAAUAACGAUGACUAUAACAAAUAUUCAUAUUGCUGAGGGUAAUGACAAGAGAAGGUAACCCAGUGCUGUAAUGCUUGCACACAAAAGAGUCCUCCAGUCCUCCUUCGUUCCCAAAAGAAGUAGCUUUUGGAACUAGAAGGGGAAUUGCUCUCAUGAGGAUAAUUUCUUUUUCCCUUCUGUUGUGGUCGCUUUUCAGACACUGAGGGUUUGGGGAGGAUUUUGUACAGUAUUUAUCAUUCACCCAGAAGCCAGGUUUGUUUGUUUUUGAAUUUGCUAAAGAAAGGGGUGGGGAGGAUGCAAAAGAGGGAGGAAAGAGGAAGAAAUGGGACCAGAAUUAAUAAUUAUUCAGAGGUUGAGGCGAUGCCAACUUUUCUGCCACAGGGGAGCAUUCACUGGCCACCUUUUGGACCAUUUCUCUUGAAGACUUUUUAUUGCCUAAUGAAAGUAAACCUAGUGCAAACCGUUUAUUACACAAGUACCAAGGAUGCAAAUCCAAAAUUACUUUAAUCUUCUUUUUUUGUAGUUCCUAUGACGCGGGAAUUUUUUUGGUUUUGUUUAUUUAUAAAGUUUUUCUGAGGUCAGCAACAAUAUUCUGGAUUUUGUAAAUGUUGAUUAUGUCUACAUUUCCCCCCCUUUUUUUGUUAACUUCUUUGUAUUUUUUUUCUUGUACAUGCAUUGUGGGAAUAAUUUUAAUUAAUUUUAGGCGUUACAAGGGAAUUCAGAAAUGUGUAUAUAGUUUACUAAAAAGCAUUUCUUCUGAAAAAAAGGAGAACGAAUAAAAAUAUAUAAAGAUGGAGUUCCACUCUGAGUUAAAUCAAUGUCAAAAGUGGAAGUGGAAGGAAACAGUCCAAAACGUACUAAUUCAUGGCAUGCCUUAAAAACUAGCAAUGGGAAGGUGAGGAGAAUGUAUAACGAGAACGACAGAAGAACAGAAGGAAAACAAAAGACCAAUCAAUGCCAACUUGGGUUUGAGAAUUCUCACCAAAACAAAACAAGGAAGGGAAGAAAGUUUUGGUGUAGUUUUGGGAUAUUAUUUUAAUAUCUGUUGAGUAUUGUUAUGGAAGGCGAUCUAUUAAAAUACUUUCCAUAGUA